AUGGAAACCUGCGAGAACUUGCGCGACAAAACGGCGAACAAAGUGGCGGUGUACUUCGAUUACCCUUUCUCGGUGACGAUGAUCGAGGAGGUCCGGAAGAACAUACUAUUUCCCGCUGUCACAAUCUGUUUGAGUCAUUGGGUUAACAGUACUCGACUGUGUUCACUCCGGGGCUUAUGUGAUGCGAACAACCGUUUGAGCGACGGGAACGGCGGGAACGUGCUCCAGUACGAUGUCAAAGGUCGGAUCAAUAGCGCUCACAAGCCUCACGAGCUGUUAAGCUGCUUCAUGAGGUCCUCAGUCUCAUCCUGUGAGUCGUACGAAUGCGCGGACUUCAUGGAAAUGACCUACUUCCGGCAACCCGCUGAAAUGUGCUACACGAUCGACAUGUACCAGAAGGCCAAGCCCAAAGAUCACCCCUUGAAUUUAUGUUCGACCCUUUGGAACUACGAUUUGACGAUUUUCGGCCGUUGGGAACCAAAUCUCACCCUGAGCAUUGGGAACGCCGAAACAUUCCCGCUCAUCAUCCACAAACCGCUCACGGUCCCUCCAGAGAGGCUGUCUUCCAUCAUGAUUGAGCCCGGCAUGGAUUACACGAUCAGCGUGACGCAGAACAAAAUCAGACGGCUACCGAAACCAUACGCGUCCAGAUGCACCGACUAUCUUCGGAUGGGCUGGAAAAAAACAUUCUACGGAUAUCUCGACCAGAAUCUAUGCGUCCAAGAAUGUCGUAUGGAAAUCGAAGCUCAGCUCUGUGGUUGCAUAAGGAACGUGCACGAGUUUUCUCAUCGAGUGGAAGGCAGCGAAGCUUGCAACAGGACUCAAGAAGAGACAUGCGACCGCAAGCUGGAGGGGAAUCCCGAAGUCCCGCGGUGCGACCGGAAAUGUGGCGCGCCCUGCGAAGAAGUCGUAUACGACGUUCGGCUAACUUCGCUGGCAGAGGAGAAAACCGAAGACUCAAAACAUUCGUUCCGUUUCACGGUCAAGUUUGCAUCGUAUUCUCAGAGAAUUUUGGAGUAUCAGCCGGUUCUCUCGAUCGUGGAAAUGUUCGGCUAUAUGGGCGGGUACAUUGGGAUUUGGCUCGGUUUUUCCUUGCUGUCCGUGCUCCUCGGAUUCAAUAAGUUCCUCUGGAAGAUUCACGAGAGACGUCAGACGAGACUACGAAUGUGA